AUGGAGGCUCACCAGGGCCCCGGCAGCCCGGAGAGCCCCAACCGGGCCGUGGAGUACCUUCUGGAACUCAACAACAUUAUCGAGAGCCAGCAGAAGCUUCUAGAAACCCAGCGGCGCCGAAUCGAGGAGCUGGAGGUCCAACUGGACCGGCUCAGCCAGGAGAACAAGGAGCUGCGUCUGGACCGGCAACCCGUGGUUCCUCCUCCACCUGCUCCUCCUGAGCCUCCGCUCCCUCCUCCUCCACCGCCCCCUCCGCCCGCUCAGACCACAUCAGUGUCUAUUUCCAAGAACCACCACUACCACCACAACAGCCAACACCAGACUCCUCCCCAGCCCCCUUCCUCCAUCUCCCUCCACCACAGCCACCACCACCACCAGCAUCAUCAUCAGCAGUACCACCACCACUCCUCCACCCACCAUUCCUACAACAGCACCAACAGCACCAGUGCGCCUGCCAUCCCGGUUCCUGCUCCAGCGUCAGCUCCAGCCUCCAUGACGAUCCCGGCCCAGAUCCCAGGUCCGAUCUCUUCCCCCGCCCCGGCUCCACCUCCCCCUCCUCCCAUCCCUCCUCGGGACCAGCCGCGGGCCCACAGCCGGCUGUCCCGAGCGGCCUCCACCAGCACCGGCACCAACACCAACUUUGUAGAGAAAGAGAAAGAGAGGAUCGAGCACCUGCACAAAGUCAACGCCUCCAACAACCACCACGCCAACACGCUGCACCAUCACAAAACUGUGGAGGGCGACUCUCAGUGUCCGGAGGCGCUCACUUUUUCUGAUUCGUCCUUCGGCCACCCGCCUCCCUUCCAUCGCUAUAGCAACAGCCCCCUCUCCAGCCCCUGUGAUCCCUACAGCUCUGCCUCCACCAGCGGGCCCCUGGGAGCCUCCCACAUACACACUCAGGGCAGCUCUCCCAUCUCCCCCCCCAGCCCGGCGAGCCUGGCCUGGGCUCAGCGGAGUCGCCACCAGCCGGCCAGCCUGGCGCUCCGCAAGCAGGAGGAGGAGGAGAGCAAACGCUGCAAGGCCUUCUCCGACAGCUAUGAGCUCUCCACAGACCUGCAGGACAAGAAGGUGGAGAUGCUGGAGAGGAAGUACGGAGGCCAGUUUGUGUCUCGGCGGGCGGCGAGGACGAUUCAGACGGCGUUCAGGCAGUACCGCAUGAACAAGAACUUCGAGAGGCUUCGUAGCUCCGCCUCCGAGAGCAGGAUGACCCGACGCAUCAUCCUGUCCAACAUGAGGAUGCAGUACUCGUUCGACGAGCGUCCGCCACAAUGUCAGGGGUCAGCAGGUCAGCGGGGGUCCGAGGACGCAGGAGACAUGGACGACUCCUUCUCUAAACAAGUGAAGUCUUUGGCCGACUCGAUGGACGACUCGCUGACCUGCCAGUCGGGACGCGAGGACUCACAGGAAGCAGGAGGAGAGGAGGAGGAGGAGGAGGAGGAGGAGGGAGACGAAGAGGAGGAAGAGGAGGAGGAGGAAGGGGAGGAGGACGAGGAGGAAGACGAAGAAGAAGAUUACAGACAGUGUGCGUGGCGCAGCACCAAUGCCUCCGCCCACCGCGCCACAGGCCGGGGGGGAGGAGCCGGGAGAGGAGGCGCCGACAUGCACGAGGACAGCACCGCCACCUCCUUCAGUGAUGUCACGCUCUACAUGGACGAGGGCUGCCUCCCCUCCUCGCCGCUGUCCCGCCCCGCCUCCAACUCCGACACGGAGUACUGGGGAGGAGGGCGAGGGGGAGGCGCAGGGGGGAGGGAGGACAGCAGGGAGACGGAGGGAGGGAGCAGCCGGAGGAGCAGCACGCCAUGUACCGAGUGUCGGGGGGAGUACAGAGGGAGGGCAGGAGGAGGAGGAGGAGGAGGAGGAGGAGGAGGAGGAGGAGGAGGAGGAGGAGGAGGAGGAGGAGGAGGAGGAGGAGGAGGAGGACACCUCCCUGUCCUGACCAUCGAACCGCCCAGUGACAGCUCCGUGGACAUGAGUGACAGGUCGGAGCGCGGCUCCAUCGGACGCCUGGUGUACGAGCAGGAGCCGUCGGGCGCCGAGCGAGGAGAGCGGGAGAGGAGGGCGGGAGGGGGGGGUGGGGAGGAGAGCGGCGAGGACGAGCGGGGGGGCGGAGGGGGGGGGAGCAGCGAGGCCGACUCGCCGCAGGGAACCAUCAAACACAAACCCACGGCGCAGGGACAGACCCGCAGCCCGGCCAGCGUGCCCCCCCCGGUGCCCUCGGCCCGGACCCUGCCCUCGCACCCGCUCCCCCACCCGCUGCAGCACUCGCACCCCCACCCUCACCCCCCGCCCCUCCCCCACCUCCCCACCAUCCUGCACCACCACCCUCAGUACAGCCAGCCGCACGUCGUGCACCUGCACCACGCGCACGGCGCCGGCCCCGGCCCGUACAUGCAGCACCACUUCAACCAGCACCACUACCACCACCUGCACCACCACCACCUGCCACACGGCUACCCAGAACCCCCCUCUUCCCCCGCCCCCCCGCUCACACCUCUCUCCCCCCUGCCGCUGCCCCUCACGCCCUCGCCGCUCUCCUCCUCCUCCUCCGCUCUUCAGAACAUGGAGGCGCAGCAGCACCUCGCCCACCACCCCCACCUCCUCCACCACCACCUGCUGUGCUCGGACGGAGACAACGAGAGCGUCAACUCCACCACCACCAACUCCAACGACGACACCACCGUCAACAACUGCAGCUCGGGCUCCUCGUCACGUGACAGCCUGCGGGAGCCAAUGGGAGGAGCCGCCCUGGGCAAGCAGACCUAUCAGAGGGAGAGCCGCCACAGCUGGGACUCGCCGGCCUUCAACAACGACGUGGUGCAGCGGCGGCAGUACCGCAUCGGACUCAACCUGUUCAACAAGAAGCCGGAGAAGGGGAUCCAGUACCUGAUCGAGAGAGGCUUCGCGUCGGACACGCCGGUCGGCAUCGCCCGCUUCAUCCUGGAGAGGAAGGGCCUGAGCCGGCAGAUGAUCGGAGAGUUCCUCGGCAGCCGGCAGCAGUUCAACAAGGACGUGUUAGACUGCGUCCUGGACGAGAUGGAUUUCUCUGGGAUGGACCUGGACGACGCUCUGAGGAAGUUCCAGUCUCAGAUCAAAGUUCAGGGUGAAGCUCAGCGGGUGGAGCGGCUGAUCGAGGCCUUCAGUCAGCGGUACUGUGUUUGUAACCCGGUGCUGAUCCGACAGUUCCAGAAUCCAGACACCAUCUUCAUCUUGGCCUUUGCCAUCAUCCUCCUCAACACGGACAUGUACAGCCCCAACGUCAAGCCAGAGAGGAAGAUGAAGCUUGAGGACUUCAUCAAGAACCUGAGAGGCGUUGAUAACGGUCAGGACAUCCCCAGAGACCUGCUGGUGAACAUCUAUGGAAGGAUCCAGAAAUGGGAGCUGAGGACCAACGAUGACCACGUGUCCCAGGUCCAGGCCGUAGAGAGGAUGGUGGUCGGCAAGAAGCCUGUCCUGUCGCUGCCUCAUCGCCGGCUGGUCUGCUGCUGUCAGCUGUUCGAGGUUCCCGAUCCGAACCGCGCCCAGAGGAGCAGCGUCCACCAGCGGGAGGUGUUCCUGUUCAACGACCUGCUGAUGGUAACAAAGAUCUUCCAGAAGAAGAAGACUUCAGUAACGUACAAUUUCCGUCAGUCCUUCCCUCUGGUGGACAUGCAGGUCCACACCUUCCAAAACAGCUACUACCCUCAUGGCAUCCGACUGACAUCAGCGAACCCCGGGGGGGAGAGGAAGGUGCUGAUCGUCUUCACGGCUCCGAGUCAGCAGGACCGAGCUCGCUUCACCUCCGACCUGAGGGAGAGCAUCGCGGAGGUGACGGACAUGGAGAAGUACCGGGUGGAGUCCGAGCUGGAGAAGCAGAAAGGUGGGAUGCGUCCCGGCAUGUUGACGGGCGGAGGACCCGGGGGGGCGGCAGGGGGCGGGGCCAACGCUGGUGGUGGGCCCGUAAAGGGCGAGGUGCUCAACGGCACCCUGGGGCGGCCGUGCCUGGACGACACGUACGCCUCGGUGGACGGACUCAAACGCACGGCGCUCAGCUCGUCGUUGAGAGACCUCUCAGAAACAGGGAAGCGAGGUCGUAGGAACAGUGUGGGAUCAUUGGACAGUACCAUCGAAGGUUCCAUCAUUAGCAGCCCUCGGCCGCACCAGCAGCGCCCCCUGGCGGCAGGAGGCGUGUCUUACUGCCCCAUGAUGGCCCCCCCCUCUCCAGCAGCCUACCGGCCACACCGCCCAGCACAGAGCCCCGGUACAGGGGUGGGGGGUGGGCCGGGGCUCUGUCACAACCAGGGAGGGGUCAGCCCCUCCCCCCUGGCGAGCGGGGGAGGGGCUGGGGGCGGAGGCGGGAUGGCGGGUGGGGGGGGCGGCCUGCUGGGGAACUUCUUCGGCAGCCGCAGAGGGAAAGUUCCUGUUCCUCUGACGAUGAUGUCACCGCCUCCUCAGGGUCCGACGAGCCCCCUGAUGAUCUCAUCGCCCCCCCACUACCCCGCCCCCGCCCCCCCCAGCGCCCAUCCCCCCUCCCCUUCCCCAGGCCCCUCCCCUUCCCCCCACCUCGGCCCCUCGGACUCGGGCGGAGUUGGAGGGGGAGGAGUUAUGGGAGGGGCACCGUCCAAGCUGCAGGCUUUGCACGCUCAGUAUUGCCAUGGCAACAGUGGAGGAGGAGGAGUCAGUGUUACUGGGCACCAGCAGCAGCAAACGCCGCCCCCCCCCUACCACCAUCAUCACCGCUACCACAUGCAGAGCGUCCCCCCCCCUCUCUCCCACAGAGUCUCCGCCCCCCGGCGCCAAGCCCCGCCCCCUCACACCCAGCAGCAUCACAGGAUGCAACAUGGCCCCGCCCAGCACCCCCGCUACACCCUGGCCUCCGGCUUCAUCACCCCCCCGCCACUGUCCCCCCACUCCCCCCUAACCCCUACCACCCCCCACGGACUCUUCCACUCGCACGCCGUGGCGGGGGGGCGACCGGGGGGAGGAGCCAAACUCCCGCUUACCAUCUCGCACUCUCAGCCCCACCCACACGCUCACACACACUCUCACAACCACGCCGCGCACGCACACUCCCCCCUCAGCCCCUCCCCCUCCACCCACUUCAUAUUCUCCCCGCCCCCCCCCCUGACGCCCUCGGCCCGCCUCCUCAGCCAAACGCCUCCUCAGCCCUACGCUGCUCAGUACCCGCCCCUCUCCUCCAUCCCGCCCCCCCCACCGCACUCACCCUUGCCCCCCCCUUCCUCAGCACCACUCUCCCCCCACCCAGGGGGGGGUGGAGGGCAAGGGGGGGGGCCCAAAUCCAAACCCGUCAGCCGGAUCAGCACGGUGGUCUGA